AUGAUACGCGCACAGCUGUCUUUGAUGGAUGAUCGGCCAGAUGAUUGCCCCCCAUGUUUUAAUUGCCUCCUUCCUGCUUUCACCUGCGGCCAAUAUUCCGAAUGUAAUCAAUAUAAUGGCAAAUGCUCCUGUCCUGCUGGAUAUGGCGGAGAUGAUUGUUUAGCUCCUGUGUGCGGUUCUUUAGCAGAUGAGCAGCAUGACCGACCGAUGCGACAAGGCGACUACUGCGAGUGCAAGGAGGGGUGGACGGGAAUUAACUGUAAUGUUUGCACGGAGAAUAAAGCUUGUAAUGCUAUGAUGCCGACCAAGGACGGGGGAGUCUGCUACCAAAACGGAGAGGUCGUACACGAAAAUUACCAGAUGUGCGAUGUUACAAACAAGAAUAUUCUCAGUCUCUUGGAUGGAAGGAGGCCUCAAGUAACGUUCAGUUGCAAUGCCAAAGACGCGACCUGCGCUUUCCAGUUCUGGGUGGAACACAGAGAAUCUUUCUACUGUGAACUGAAUACUUGCACUUCGAGCAACGCCAACGAUUACGACCAGAAUUCCACCAAUUACAAGUGUGAACAUAUCAACUGCAAAUGUAUUCCGGAUCGGAUGUUGUGUGGCGAGAACGGCUCUGUGGAUCUUACCGAGUUUUUGGAUCUGUCAAUCAAGGGCCCAGCAGAAUUCAAUUGUCUUCAAAAAGAUGGUGGGAUCAACGACUGCAGAUUCCAAGAACCGGAGAUGGACGCGAUUAUUCAUCAGAUGUUCGGGGACCCCAGUAUCUUCCUUAACUGCCAAUCUGGGGAAUGUCUUUACGAGACUGAUGUUCCUGGAUUCGAGCGGCCCGUAAAGCGGAUCAACACGCCUUUGAUUGCGGGAGUUAUUUCUGGUGCCUCGCUGUUUGUGGUUGCUGUCAUCCUGAUUGUCUGGUAUUUGUCGAGAAGGCAGUUUAAACACGGCCCCAUCCAUCUUGAUGAGUCUGACGAUGAGAGCCUCAAGCUGAUGGCAGACCACAAACCUGCGUCGUUGUACUUCGAGAACGUCUCGUACAAUUUGAAUGGGAAGCAGAUUCUCACCAAUAUUCAAGGCAUGGCACACCCAGGAGAGAUUCUUGCCAUCAUGGGAGCUUCAGGAGCUGGGAAGACGACUUUCCUCGAUAUUCUAGCACGCAAGAAUAAGAGAGGAAAUGUGCAGGGGAAUUUCUAUGUCAACGGAGAAACAGUCAAUGAUAAUGAGUACAAGAGCGUUGUUGGCUUUGUUGACCAGGAGGACACUAUGUUACCUACCCUUACCGUCCAUGAGACCAUCAUGACCAGCGCUCUUCUUCGACUUCCUCGAGAUAUGGGGAGAGCGGCCAAAGAGCAACGAGUCUACGAGGUAGAGAAGCAAUUGGGUAUUUCUGCAAUCAAAGACUCGUUGAUCGGGUCUGAAGAAGGCAAAGGUCGAGGCAUUUCUGGUGGUGAGAAGCGAAGAGUUGGGAUUGCUUGUGAGCUUGUGACGAGUCCAAGCAUUUUGUUCCUCGACGAGCCUACAAGUGGGCUGGAUGCCUACAAUGCAUUCAACGUCAUCGAGUGUCUUGUCACUUUGGCCAAGACGUACAAGCGAACUGUCAUCUUCACCAUUCAUCAACCACGAUCUAACAUUGUGGCCCUUUUCGAUAGGCUGCUUCUUUUGGCCAAGGGACGGACCGUUUACUCCGGCGAGUUUGCUCAAUGCCAGGACUUUUUCGAUCACAUCGGAUAUUCAUGUCCUCCAGGGUUCAAUAUCGCAGAUUACUUGGUUGAUCUCACAAUGCAUGUUGGUGGUACUCCUACCACACCUGUCGACGAAGGAAUACCUGGACUGGAGACUAGAACGACCAGCAGUGCUGGCCCAAGCAGCACCAGAGCCGUUAAAUCUAUUGCCAGCAUCUCUGGAGGAAGUAUUGAAGAGGGUGUGGUGGGAAGCCCGAGCGAUUCGCUCUUGAAGCCUAGAAUCAAGCGAAAAGACUCAAUCAAGGCCAGACAAGAGAGGGAACUUUACACAAGGAAAAGGACUGGGGCGGAAACUCCUGUAUCACAACCCGACGAGGCGCCGCUGGAUCCCAACGCCACAACGUCACCGCAGCAGUGGCUGAGGCUGUCGAAGCAGCAACCCGGCCAAGUUCAUCAACAGGUCUUGGAUGAUCCAGACAACUUACCUCCGCCUGCUCAAGGCACAAACACAGAUUUUGAAGUCUUGAUUGCUGCAUACGAGCACUCUGAGAUUGCACGCAACAUCCAUGAUGAGAUCCACUCGGCAAUUACCACAGCGCAGACAGCAAAUGGCAGCAUGAACGGCCAUGGAGAUGGCAAUGGUAAUGGGAAGACUAUGGGCAGAGGUUAUGCGAGAGUUGGCUACCUUCGACAAUUCGUCAUCUUAUCACAAAGGACAUGGAGGAACCUUUAUAGAAAUCCGAUGCUAAUGCUCACCCAUUAUGCUAUUGCCAUCCUGCUGGCGGUUCUCUCGGGAUACCUGUUCUACGGGUUAACAGAUGACAUUCCUGGAUUCCAGAAUCGACUCGGAUUGUUUUUCUUCAUCUUGGCGCUGUUCGGAUUUAGUACCUUGUCCAGCUUGACAGUAUUCGCUCCAGAACGAUUGCUCUUCGUCCGGGAAAGAGCCAACGGAUAUUACGCACCUAUCACCUACUUCAUGGCAAAAGUUAUCUUCGAUAUCGUCCCCCUCCGCAUCAUCCCACCAAUCCUCAUGGGCUCAAUCCUCUACCCCAUGACAGGCCUCAUCCCUGAUGCACCCCACUUCUUCAAAUUCAUCCUCAUUCUCGUCCUCUUCAACCUUGCCGCCGCCGCCAUCUGCCUCUUCAUCGGCAUCGUCUGCAAAGAUAAUGGCGUUGCCUCCCUCAUCGGCAGCCUCGUCAUGCUCUUCUCCCUCCUCUUCGCCGGCCUGUUGCUCAACCACGACGCGAUCCCCAAGUCCAUGCUAUGGCUGCAAGCCAUCUCCAUCUUCCACUAUGCUUUUGAAUCACUCAUUGUCAAUGAGGUCACGUUCCUGACGCUCGUGGACAAGAAGUACGGCCUGAACAUCACCGUCCCUGGUGCGACAAUCUUGAGUAGCUUUGGCUUCGAUACACUGGCGCUGUGGCCAGAUGUUGUUAAGCUGGCUAUCUUUGGCGGUGUUUUCAUUGUGUUGGCUUAUGCGGCUAUGCAUGUUCUGCUUGUAGAGAGACGAUAG